AUGUUAGCUAUAUUAUCCAUAUUAUUAUUAUUUUAUUUAAGUCAAAAUAAUUUAAUAACUUUAUUAAUCGCUAUUGAAAUAUUAUUAUUAACUAUUACUAUUAAAAUAAUAUAUCUUGGUGGUUACUAUGACGAUAUUUAUGGUACCAUCUUUAGUAUUGUUAUAAUAUUAUUAGCUGGUGCUGAAUCUGCUAUUGGUUUAAGUAUCUUAGUUGCUUACUACAGGUUACGGGGGACAGUUGGUCAUACUAUUUAA